UUGAAACGAAAGGAAGGGAGUAUAUACCAUCCCGACCCCACACCAUGUCUCUUCUUCUUCUUCUUUGACAGGCUCGAACCAGAAAUCGUAACCCUAAUCGACUCUCAUCCAAGCCACUACAAUUCCACACGGAAUUCGCACCAAGAACCUUCUCGAACCGAACCGGGUAUUACCGUUUCCUUCUUCAAUCUUCAUCUCAUCCUUUCCCCCAAAUCACAAGUUCAUUCCAAAUCUGUAUUCAAUUACUUCAAUUCGUACAUCACUCAAGUUUUCAUCAGAAAACCUCUCUCCAAAUAUUGGAAUUCAAAACCUUUCUUUUCCGGCGAACCUCAGCACCAAAUCGUUUCGAGGUCGUUGUUCCGGUGUCGCUGAGGAAUAAAGUAGAAACAUUUCUCUUCGUGGGUGCUAGACUUGGGUUUCAACUUGCUGCUGAACUGUGGAUUGUAAACAGGUUUCAGGUCAACUCUAGGCUGUUGAUUUUUAAGUUUCUUCACCGAGCUAUUGUGGGAGAAGACUGAUUUCUCAUGGAAAUAACUCUUGAAGAACUUUUCAGACAACAUGAUUAAGCAAAAAGAACUGAAAUGUUAUCCAAAAAAUGGUUGAUCAUGGCGAUGUUGUGCAAAGUAGUGUUCAAUUGACUGGUGAUAUGGUUGAUGCUGUAGAUAAGUCAUGUCUCAGUAGGGAUGGCGGAGUUUCUCGUUCUCCAAAGAGAAGUAUUACUGGAGUUGAAGAACAUGCAGAUUUUGAGCCACAUGAUGGGAUAGAAUUUGAGUCCCAUGAGGCUGCGUAUGCAUUUUACCAAGAGUAUGCCAAGUCCAUGGGAUUCACAACCUCAAUUAAGAACAGCCGUCGCUCCAAGAAAUCAAAAGAAUUUAUCGAUGCUAAAUUUGCAUGUUCUAGAUAUGGCACUACUCCAGAAUCAGAUACUGGCAGUAGUAGGCGUCCUAGUGUCAAAAAGACUGAUUGCAAAGCAAGCAUGCAUGUUAAGAGAAAGCGUGAUGGAAAAUGGUAUGUCCAUGAGUUUAUAAAAGAUCAUAAUCAUGAGCUUUUACCAGCCUUGGCUUAUCAUUUCCGAAUCCACAGGAAUGUUAAACUUGCAGAGAAAAAUAACAUUGAUAUUCUUAAUGCUGUAAGUGAACGAACAAGAAAGAUGUAUGUUGAGAUGUCUAGACAAUGUGGUGGAAGUCAAGAAGUUGGCUUGCUGACUAAUGAUUUAAAUUACCAGUUUGACAAAGGUCGGUGCUUGUCAUUAGAAGAGGGAGAUGCUCAUGUUAUGCUCGAGUAUUUUAUGCAUGUCCAGAAAGAAAAUCCAUGUUUCUUUUAUGCAAUUGAUCUCAAUGAAGAUCAACGCUUAAGGAACUUAUUCUGGAUUGAUGCCAAAAGUAGGAAAGACUAUGUAAGCUUUAGUGAUGUGGUUUUCUUUGACACCAGCUAUAUGAAAAGCAAUGAGAAGAUGCCGUUUGCUCUUUUAAUUGGGGUAAACCAUCAUUGUCAACCGAUGUUGCUUGGAUGUGCACUUAUAGCAGAUGAGACCAAACCAACAUUUGUGUGGUUAAUGAAGACGUGGCUUAGAGCAGUGGGUGGGAAGGCUCCAAAAGUGAUAAUCGCUGAUCAAGAUAAGUCACUCAAAUCCGCUCUUGAAGAAGUUUUCCCAUGUUCAAGUCACUGCUUUGCGCUUUGGCAUGUGCUUGAAAGAAUCCCGGAAACACUUGCUCAUGUAGUAAAGCAGCAUGAGAAUUUCAUGCAAAAAUUCAGCAAGUGUAUAUUUAAGUCGUUAACAGAUGAACAAUUUGAUUUAAGAUGGUGGAAGAUGGUUAGCAGAUUUGAACUGCAAGAGAAUGAAUGGAUUCAUACACUGUAUGAGGACCGCAAAAAGUGGAUUCCAGCUUACAUGAGAGGCAGUUUUAUGGCUGGAAUGUCAACAGCUCAAAGGUCGGAGAGUAUAAGCUCCUUCUUUGACAAGUACAUUCAUAAGAAAAUCAGUCUCAAAGAGUUUAUGAGACAAUAUGGAAUGAUUCUGCAAAAUCGAUAUGAGGAGGAAGCAAUAGCAGACUUUGAUACAUUGCACAAACUACCAGCUUUGAAGUCACCUUCCCCUUGGGAAAAGCAGAUGUCUACAAUUUAUACACAUACAAUCUUUAAGAAAUUUCAAGUUGAAGUAUUGGGUGUAGUUGGGUGUCAUCCAAAGAAGGAAGUUGUAAAUGGGGAAAAUGUAACUUUUAGAGUUGAUGACUGCGAGAAAGAUGAAAAUUUUAUGGUCACGUGGAAUGAGGCAAGAUCGGAUGUUUCUUGUUCGUGCCUUCUAUUUGAAUACAAUGGUUUCCUCUGUAGGCAUGCAAUGAUUGUUCUUCAGAUGUGUGGUCUUUCAAUCAUCCCAUCCCAAUAUAUUUUGAAGAGGUGGACCAAAGAUGCAAAGAAUAUACAGUUAAUAUCUGAGGGGACUGAAAGAAUUCAAAACAGAGUACGAAGAUACAAUGAUCUAUGUAGAAGGGCAAUUGAACUGGGUGAGGAGGGUUCUUUAUCUGAGGAGAGUUACGGCAUUGCCUUCCGUGCCCUAGAUGAAGCUCUAAAGAACUGUGUGAAUGUUAACAAUAGAAGUUCUGCAUUAACAGAAUGUAGCAGCAGUGCAGUUGGACUUCGUGAUCUUGAAGAAGAUACUCAAGGGAUUCAUGCAAUUAAAACAAGUAGGAAGAAAAAUACAAACAAGAAGCGGAAGGUGCACUCUGAACCAGAAGCUGCAAUUGUUGAAGCAAAAGACAGCUUACAACAAAUGGAUAGUCUUACUGUGGGUGGAAUGACGUUGAAUGGCUAUUAUGGUACACAUCAGAAUGUGCAGGGACUGAUACAGUUAAAUUUGAUGGAACCUCCCCAUGAUGGCUAUUAUGUUAACCAACAGAAUAUGCAAGGACUGGGACAACUCAAUACAAUUGCACCUGGCCAUGAUGGUUUUUUUGGGUCUCAACAAAGCAUUCCAGGACUAGGGCAUUUGGAUUUUAGGCAGCCGAGUUUCACAUAUGGUUUGCAGGAUGAGCCUAGUCUAAGAGCUGCUCAGCUGCAUGGAAACAAUGCUAGAUGAUUGCUUAUCAAUUUUCUGUUUAUGGAUAUCCAAGUGUUUCCUGCUUCUAAAUUAGGGUUUUGUUGCUGCAGUAAGUCAUGAACUCAUUUGUUCCAGCUAUUUAUGAUGCAACAAUAUGCAUCUCCAAAAGUUCACCUGCACCUACAGUGCUGAAACUCUUCAAGGGACAGGCUUCUGUGCUGUUUUUGUAAGAUGGGCCAGAGCCAAAUCUAAUAGGAUUCUUAAGCUUGUUUGAGACUUUUAAGAUAGGCUUCAGUACAUGUACUUGAAGUGGAAGUCCUAGAGGAAUCUUAAUAGGGACAGUGAAGUGGAUCUCUUGUGGAUGAGAGUGGAAGUUCAAGUUAAAGGCCAGUGCAUUUUGAAAGAACUUCUUGCUUAUGCUUGCUACAACUGAUGUGCGAUGUGGGAGGCCAAUGGAUGCCAAUGGAAAAAGAGGAGUUCGGCAUAUCCUAAUCAUAGAUGUUAAUGAAGCCACAACAUUAAGCCUGCGGCAUGAGAUGAAGGAUCUGCCUGAAAAUGAUUAUGCCAUAGCCCAAUGGUGUAGAGAUAUCUUUCUGGCCAAGUAAGUUAUUGGACAAAGAUAUUCCCGAAGACACUUCUGGAGAAGAAAAGUUGCAAGACAAUGCCACCCAAUCAAAUCCCUUGUGGUAGUGGCAUCUUGGGCAUAUGCAUUCUUAUCUAGAACCAUAAAAAUCUUACAAGCAACUGCCUUGUUGUCGUCAUGGAAGGGUGUUGCAAUAUCAGGUUUCUCUCAUGGCUGUUACAGUUGUCAUGCAAUUAUUGAUUAAUUUCUCAAAGUCAGAACGCUCUACAGCCGCCCAAGGUUGCAUCAGUAAAGGAAAAGAAUGUGAAUCAGGCAUUAGAGGAAAUGGGGAGCAGGGCAGGACAAAACACGCUAAUUAUGAUUUUCAUCUGAUAUGAUGCAGAUUCCAUGUUUGGUCUAAUUCAUCAAUUGUUACAGUUGUCUAUGAUGUUGGUAAACUGCAUCUUUGUGUUGAUGUCCUUGGGAAACUGAAAUGACUUGGAAUAAGAGCAGUAAACAAAUCAUAAGUAGAUGUUUGAAAGAUUGACAUGAGGAGUCAGCAAUUGAUUGACAUGAGGAGACAAUUGAGUCUUGAAUGAGAGUCUGUUUGUGUAUUAAAAAUUGUCCACACAAUCAUGUCGAUACACCAGACAGUGUCAACUUCCCCUUGAUAAUUUCAACUGUUGGCUUAGUGAUUUAGGUUCUUAUUGGAAGGAA